CAGGCAGGGGAGGCUCCCCGCGGGACCCCCAGGUCUCCAGAUGCUCUUCCAGCCAGCCAUGCUUCUGGGCAGCAUCCUCCUCGCGGUGGCCACCGUGACCGCAGCCCAGCGGCGGGGGCAGGACGCGGGUGGGCGUCGCCGGACACACCGUGUCCAGCACGGCCAGUGCAGCUACACCUUCGUGCUGCCUGAGCCGGAGCCCUGCCCGCCGGAGCCCGAGGUCUUCGGGGCCUCCAACAGCCUCCAGAGGGACGCGCCAGCUGCUGGGCUGAAACUUGGGGACUGGCCGAGCCAGCGGGUGCGACAGCUGGAAAAGGUGCUAGAAAACAACACUCAGUGGCUGCAGAAGCUGGAGAGGUACAUCCAGAUGAGCCUGAGGUCGGAGCUGGUGCAGGCCCAGCAGCACAUGGUCCAGAACCAGACGGCCACCAUGCUAGAGCUGGGCACCAGCCUCCUGAACCAGACCACGGCCCAGACCCGCAAGCUCACCGACGUGGAGGCACAGGUCCUGAACCAGACCUCAAGGAUGGAGAUGCAACUUCUGGAGACCUCGGUGUCCACCAACAGGCUGGAGAAACAGCUCCUGCUGCAGGGCCAUGAGCUCCACCAACUGCAGGGCCGCAACAGCGCGCUGGAAACGCGGGUGCUGGCGCUGGAGACGCAGCAGCAGGCCGAGCUGAGCAGCCUCCGCGGCGAGAAGGAGCGGCUGAGGCGUCUGCUGGGCCGCCAGAGCGGCGCCCUCGCGGGCCUGGAGCGCAGCCUGCGCGCCGCCAGCAGCAACUCCAGCCUCCUGCAGCGCCAGCAGCGCCAGCUGCUCGAGUCCGUGCAGCGGCUGGUGCGCGUCGUGGCCCAGGGCCCGGCCCCCGUGAGGGCCGCUGAGCAGGUGUUUCAGGACUGUGCCGAGAUCCAGCGCUCCGGGGCCAACACCAGCGGCGUCUACGUCAUCCACGUGGUCAAUAUGACGGAGCCCAAAAAGGUCUUCUGUGACAUGGAGGCCAAUGGAGGCGGCUGGACCCUCAUCCAGCGCCGAGAAAAUGGCAGCGUCAAUUUCCAGCGGAACUGGAAGGAUUAUAAGCAGGGCUUUGGUGACCCGGCUGGGGAGCACUGGCUGGGCAACGAGGUGGUGCACCAGCUCACCAGCAGCGGGACCUACUCUCUGCGCGUGGAGCUGCAAGACUGGGAGGGCAACGAGGCCUAUGCCCAGUACGAGCAUUUCCAGCUGGGCAGCGAGGGGCAGCUCUACAGGCUUUCUCUGGGCGGGUACAGUGGCUCAGCAGGACGCCAGAGCAGCCUGGCCCUGCAGGGGACCAACUUCAGCACCCGUGACGCAGACAAUGACAACUGCCUCUGCAAGUGUGCCCAGAUGCUGUCUGGAGGAUGGUGGUUUGACGCCUGCGGCCUCUCCAACCUCAACGGCAUCUACUACCCGGCACGCCACCACAUGCGCAAGCUGAAUGGCAUCCGCUGGUACUACUUCCAGGGCCCCAGCUACUCGCUGCGUGCCACCCGCAUGAUGCUACGGCCCGUGGGCACCUAAGGAGCAGCCGGGCUGCACCCAGGGAGGAGCCCGCUGGCUCUGCUCUGGGCCAGCUGGACCCGAACACAGGA